AGGCCACGAAGAUAAUUCAGAGUCCGGAGCAUCUGUCUUCAUGAGGAGAGACUGCGGGUGCUGGGCCUGUUCAUUCUGGAGAGCAGAGGACUGAGAGGGAAUCUCAUUAAUGCAUAUAUCACAGGUGGAUUACAGGAGGCUAGCCUGUUCAGUGAUGCCCAGCAAAAGGACGAGGAGCAGUGGCCAUAAACUAGAAACCAAAAGUUUCACCUCAAUGUGAGAAACAACUUUACAUUAAGGAUAGCAGAAAAGUGGAACAUGCUGUGCAGGCAGCUUAUGGAGUCUCACUCUCUGGAGACAAUGAAAACCCACCUGGAUACGUUCCUGUGUCACAACCAGGAGGGUUGUACUACAUGAUCUUCAGAGGUGCCUUCCAACCCCAACAUUCUGUGAUUCUCUGAAAUCACUGUAGACAAUUGCAGUCAUUGUACCUCUAGUAUACCAGGCCCCAUUGUAUUAUAGUGAUGUUUGAAUUGUUCCUCUCUCAAUACCUGUUUUUAAGAUGAAAUCUGUUAUUUAAACCACACAUCAAGCAUCCUCCUUUGCUGAAAAUUUUGCCACUGCAGAAUAAACUUAACUUUGUAACGUGCAGCCUGAGAAGGAGCAAAGCACUGACUGAAGCUUACAGGCAAAAGAAGAAGAGCUGAAGAAAGAUUAUCUCUGCUUGCAGCUGCUGAUUGAUGAGCUUAUAUUGCUACUUCUGCAUUUACAAUUGAGAAAGGAUGUUGAUCAUAAAAAGUUUGCAAUGGCAAUGCUCUGGAAAUUCAUGAGAGUAGCUAAGUAUUCUAAAACAGCUUUAUCAUCAAAAGUAAAGGUAAGAGGAAUUCCCACCCAUUCAAGACAUUCUUCAUCCAAGUCUGUAACUUCAGAUUUUGCUGCCACGUCACCCUGCUCAAAUACUGUGGAACUGCUUGGUAAAUCUUAUCCUCAAGAUGACUACAGCAAUGUCACAGACAAGAUUCUUUCCAAGGUGGGGAAGAACUUGCACAACAGAAAACAUCACCCUUUGUGGCUAAUCAAGGAGCAGGUGAAGGAGCACUUCUACAAACAUUACCUAGGACGCCGUGGGACUCCACUCUUUUCUGUGUAUGAUGGUCUUUCUCCAGUGGUUACAGUCCAGCAGAAUUUUGAUAGUUUACUUAUCCCACAAAACCAUGCCAGCAGAAGGAAAGAGGAUAACUAUUACUUGAAUCGAGACCAUAUGCUACGAGCACAUACAUCAGCUCAUCAGUGGGACUUGAUACACUCUGGCCUAGAUGCCUUUCUGGCAGUGGGAGAUGUCUACCGCCGAGACACGAUUGAUAACACCCACUACCCUGUCUUCCAUCAGAUGGAGGGAGUGCGCCUCUUCUCCUGCCAUGAGUUGUUCUCCAGCAUUAAAGAUGGUGAAGGUUUACAGCUGUUUGAGCAAGGCCAUCGCACUGCACACAAGCAGGAGUGUCACACCAUGGAGGCCGUGAGGCUGGUGGAGUUCAACCUGAAGCAAGUGCUCACGAAGCUCAUGACUCACAUCUUUGGUGACGGACUGCAAGUCAGAUGGGUAGAUUGCUACUUCCCAUUUACUCACCCUUCCUUUGAGAUGGAGAUCAACUUCCAAGGAGAAUGGAUGGAGGUCCUGGGCUGUGGGGUCAUGGAGCAGCAGCUUGUUAACUCAGCUGGUGCUCAGGAUAAAAUUGGCUGGGCAUUUGGCUUGGGUUUGGAGAGGCUGGCCAUGAUCUUGUACGAUAUCCCUGACAUCCGACUGUUCUGGAGUGAAGAUGAACGCUUCUUGAAACAAUUUAUUGGGCCUCACAUUUGGCAAAAAAUAAAGUUCCAGCCACUCAGCCGAUAUCCGCCUUUGAUCAAUGACAUUUCCUUCUGGCUGCCCUCUGAGACAUACUCUCAGAAUGAUUUCUAUGAUUUGGUUCGAACCAUUGGUGGAGACUUGAUAGAAAAGGUUGUCCUACUGGAUGAAUUUGCCCAUCCAAAGACGAAGAAGGUCAGCCACUGCUACCGUAUCAUUUACCGGCACCCGGAGAGGACGCUAACGCAGGACGAGGUGCAUCACAUCCAUCAGGCUAUUGAGGAGUCAGCAGUUCGGGAGCUUGGGGUGGAGGGCAGGUUCUAGCAAUGUUGCUCUGGAGCCCCAAGGACAGUUACUUUUUUCCUUUCUUUUUUUUUUUUUCCCUUUUUUUUCUUUCUUUUUUUUUCUUCUUUCUUCUUUUCUUGGGGGUAGUUUUUGGUCACAAGUAGAGAGAUGGGUUUUGUGACUGAACACAGAAAGCAAUUGAUGAAUGUCCAAUGGUAAAACUGGCAGGUAAUAAACAUUACUACUGAGAAAUCA